CAUUUAACCAUCUCCAGCAUUACUCUGAACACGAUGGUCCGACCAGAACAAUCCGUAUGAAAUUUAGGAUUAAAAGUCAUUAAAUUGUAAAAUCUAAACAUUUGAAUUACACUUGCAAAUUAUUCCCGUCAAGCGAAGGCACCGUUUACUACUUAUAUAUUGUUAGCCACCUAGCUGCAGUUCGGAGAAGUGUUUCACAGAAUGUGCUAGUUUUCAAAACAUUGAUGCGGAUGACGGUAGUGUAAGCACAUCGAGGAAACUGAUUCAAUAACUAGUCACCCACUCAGCAGAAGUGUCAUCACAAGGGAGAUAUAGUCGAGAAGCCGAGAAGAGCUACUCUUGACUAGAGAAGAGCUGCAGCUCUGUCUGGAAACAGCAUGGUCACUCUAUCCGCAAUUCUAACCCCGCUUGGUCGUCAGCUUCAGAGACAGCUCCGUAGAGAGCUGCGGGACCAUCGAUGGAUUCCUGGUCGCAGAUGUAGCCUAACGGUGUGCUCCAGCAAAUAUGUACUGUCCGCAAUGCACCCGAUGUGGCAGGGUCCGCUGGCUGUCCCGGGGGGAGAUCGCCAGUCUCCCAUAGAUAUAGCGGUGCGCAAGACGCAGUGGGACCGGCAGCUCAAGCCUCUGGAGAUGCGCUACGACCCGCGGACCUGUCAGCAAAUUUGGAACAACGGCUACUCCUUCAUGGUCGAAUACGACGACACGACUGACAGAUCAACUGUUAAGGGAGGGCCAUUGGAGGACCAGUAUCGACUCUGCCAGUUCCAUUUUCAUUGGGGGGAGUCCAAUGCAUGGGGGUCUGAGCACUCCGUAGAUCGACGGCUGUUUCCUGCAGAGCUGCACUUGGUCCACUGGAACUCUGACAAGUACAGUCUUUUUGAGGAGGCUGUGAUGGAGGAGAAUGGCCUCGGUGUCGUUGGAGUCUUUCUCAAGUUAGGGAAGAGGCACGAAGGGCUGCAGAAACUGGUGGACGCUCUCCCUGCUGUGAGGCACAAGGACAGUGUUGUGGAAUUUGGCCGCUUUGACCCCACUUGCCUGCUGCCAGAGAACACAGAAGACUACUGGACUUAUUAUGGAUCACUGACCACACCCCCCCUAACAGAAACUGUCACCUGGAUGGUCAUGAAGCAGCCAAUCGAAGUCAGCCAUGACCAGUUGGCUGUGUUCCGUAGUCUUCUGUUUACAUCAGCAGAGGAGGAGGUCCAGAGGAGUAUGGUGAAUAACUUCCGGGUGCAGCAGCCUGUGGGCGGACGGUCGGUCCGCUCCUCCUUCGACCCCUUUCAGCAUGGGGAGCCCUCCGCCCUCUGAAGCCCCACCCAUGGGCACGUGGGCCAAUCCCAUGAUGACUUUGCUUGAGAGAUGUCCCCUCUGACCAAUCACCUGUUAACAUAUCUGGAAGACAAACCAUGGCUUCAAUGGCUCUUACUGGGGUCGUGACCAGGAAUCUAACCGCAAGAAAAUUGGGGAAAUAUGAUUUUUGCUUUUAAAUGUUUUUAACAGUUCUUAAUGGUAAAUAGUAUUGGUAAUAGGAUUGUAUUGGGAAUAGGAUUGGCAUUUACUAAAAAUUACCUUCUUUCAGCAGUAGCCUCAGUCAUGUGAGUUAUGAGGACUUAUGAGGACUUACAGAAACUCAUUCCUUUCAUACUUAUCUCUGUGUGUGUGUGUGUUGGUACACUGGGAAGAGGGCAGCUAUUAACUUGUAGCAGAAGUUCAGCGCCCUCUAGUGUGCUGGAUUGAACACACACAGUCACCCUGAGUUGUUUCAAACAAAUCAAACAGCUCUUAAGGACAUUUUUUUGUUUUGUUUUAACACUUAGAACAUUGUUGGCAGCUGUCUGUUCUCUUCAGGCCUUUCUGAUUAUGUGCAUUAGUUACAGAUGUCCAUAUUCCUGCCCUUAACAUUCAGGCACACUCACAUACACAACACAUGUUCAUUUUUAUGCUGAAGCUGCUGUGGGCACUAGUGUGAUCAGUGAGGCAAACAUGCAUACACACACACACACUCUCUGUCUCUCUCUCACACACUCAUUCACACACACACUAUUAGCACACCAUCAACAGUGCUCGGUUCAACAUGUGAUGCCUGCAGCAAAGUCCCCUUAGUGCCUUUCACAACUCAACUGGCUGUCUGUGCAGCUCUCUCAUGUGUCAAUACUGAAGUGUGUGUGUGUGUGUGUGUGUGUGUGUGUGUGUGAGUGAUCAGUUGUAGAUCAGAUUUAAGAGGUUGUAGAGUGCAGCAGUUAUUGAUCCGGAUGCAGCAGAGGCUUGGCUGGAUUUGUGCAUUUGAGAAUCUGACCUGCUUAUGUGUGCAGUCAGUGCCAGUCUCAUGGUGGUGAUGAGAGUGAGGUUGUACAUCGUGUGUGAGGUUCGUUUGUAUGUGUGUGUCUGACUGGGUUUUGUAAUCUCUCCUGCGGUUUCUUUGAGGUUAAUGUCGGGGUGAAGUGUGUGUGUUUGGAGUGUGUGUAUGGAGUGUGUGCGUGCAGUAGGGAUUUCUUCAGCUGUUUCUGGAAUGUUGCGUGCAGAGAGAGUCCUCAUUCUGACUCUCUCUCUCCAGCCAAGCGAAGGCUUUUUAUCCAUUGGAGCAGGAAAGCAACGCCCAUCUGGUGUGUCUGCUGUAAUUACAACUCAUGACCAGCAGGGGCAGUGUUACUCCAUGCAUUCAGUAACACUACCCCAUCUGAGAGAGCAUGGAUGAGGGUGAAUGUAUUUAGAAGACGAGGUGUUUGUGGUUGAAAGAUGAGUUUAUGGUUUAGGUUUUCAGUUUAGAGUUAAAGGUGUACAUUUACCGCAUAUGGGACUGAGAGGACUAGUGUAAAGGGACUCACAAGGGACCAGUUGGAUGGAAUAUUUUUCCCAACUCCCUGCAUUCCUGACCAGGUUUAUUUUUCCAUUUUUUUCUGUGUAACGUUCACUGGGAAAGGGCUUUGAAAGUGGAGAGGGUUCUCUCCUUUGGUUUGUUUCUUGUUGGAUUUCCAGAUUUCUGUUCAGCCACAUGGAUGAGGAACGGACAACCAUCACCAUCAGCGGACACACACACACACACACACACGUUCAUACGUUUAUACACACAUACAUUCACUCACACACUCAGCUUCACGGGGGGAGCUGUCUGAUGCUAACCUGAGCUGAAGGCUGGAGCUCUCUGUGCAAACAGCUGUUUAAAGGAAGAGGGGGCUGUUUCAACCCACCUGCAUAUCGCUCUCUCCCACACACACAAACACACACACACACACACAGUGUAAAGGGCCCCUCACACCAGGAGGUCCGGAACAAGGCUUGGUUGGGGUUUGUGUGUGUGUGUGUGUUUCGGUUAGGGGGACGAGCAUGUAUUGGGUUAUGGGAUUUGCAUAAUGUAAGAAGACACUGAGAUUGAUACGGUCUUUAGUGUUUUGUUAGUGGUGGAAAACUGAAGAAAUCAAAAUCCCAUUGAUUCAGAGGUGGUGUGACUUUGCUGUUUCAGGAAGUAGGCUGUGAGGCCUUUUAGUGGAAAAAUGCAAUUCUAUUUAAAGUUUAAAUCUUACGUUUCUUUUUUCUUUUUAAAUGACUAUUAACAACUUCCCUGGUACUGUUUUUUCAGAUGUUAUGCAGUUUCACACUCAGAAGGAGUUCUUUAUAUUGUACGGUAUACUACAGCUGCCUUAAUUACACUGCAGAAAUCAUGCAAAAUGCAAAAUGUACGCACAAGUUUAUUUAGAGUGGUUUCUCAUGCAGCCUAUCUAUGCUGUUUUUGUCAUUGGGUUGGGUGUUUUCUGUAGGCUAGAGGAGUGUGCUCUGUGUAGAGUGUAGGAUGAGUUAACGGGGUGUGUGUGUGUGUGUGUGUGUGUGUGUAUAUGUAUAUGUGUUUUACUGAUGAAGCACAUAUGGUUUCCUUUGGAUCCCUGGAAGACGGCCUCUUCCCAGCAUGCACUAUUGUGCCAGCUGUUAGUCUAAUGUCUCCCGCUGGUGCAGACGGAACCCUGAGAACAGAACCCUUUUCCACAAGGCCAUUCAGAACAGAACUGAGUUCAGAUGUGUAGAAAAAGCAAACUCCCAAUGUACAAGGCCAUUCUGUUAAAAUGUCUAAAAUGGUGCAUCAUCUAUGAGAGUAUGACAAAUGUUUUAUGAUUUUAUGACUAAAAAGUGUAUAAUAAAGAUUAUUAACCUAUGAA